UUGCUUUGUGAUAAAUAGAGCGUCCAUUGCUGGACAGAAAAAAAUUACUCUAUUAGAAGAUUUAAUAUGGAUCCUCGAACGAGUGCGCAAGAUGUCAUCCGAUGUGACCUUUGUGAGACAGCUAUAGUACAGAAGUAUUGUGAUUUCUGUCAUGUCAAUCUGUGCAUUCCUUGUAUAGGAAAACAUAUUUCUGAUGACUACGACAAACAUAAAGUCGUUCCAUACCGAGAAAAAAAGUCAACUUUAAUCUAUCCUAAGUGCUCAGCACAUCAAACAAGAAGCAGCGAGUUUCACUGUGAAACGUGCAAAAUCUCUGUGUGUGCUUUGUGUGCUUUAUCUGAAACACAUAGGGGACAUGCAGUUAAAUCUCUUUCUGAUCUCUUUUAUUCAAAGAGGAAAGGUAUUGGAAAAGAUUCUGAAGAAUUAGAAAACUUAAUUUCUCCAACGUAUGCAGAAAUUGCAAAUGAAAUAGAAACCAAAAUAGCUAACUUAGAUGGGGAAUAUGGAAAUCUUACAACAACGUUGAUGGAAUGUGGAAAAGAAUGGCACAGAGAAGUUGACUUAAUUGUCGAGACAUUAAGAAUUGAGAUAGAGAGGGGAAAAACGAAGCAUGAGAAUAUUCUAAAGGAACAUUUGAAAGAAAUCAAACAAAUACAGACUCUUAUUGAACAAACGCUUCUAAAUCUUCAACAACUUGAAGAUUCCAAUGAUGUAUCUUUGACCAUGGAAUACAUCUCACGAACCAAGACAUUAAGCAAACUACCUCCAAAAGUUCAAAUAUCUCUACCAACUUUCAAUUCAAUGACAAUUGACACAGAGCAGUUUUACAAGCUAUUCGGAUAUUUAACACCAUUAUCCGUCAAAACAGAGGAAAAUGGCUACGAAGUAAAGAAACCAAAGAUAACAGCAAAAGAGAUGCUGGAGGCACAGACUUGGGACACAGAGAACAUAUCCUCUACCGAUAAACUGGUGGUGGCAGCCAUAGACUUAGGUACUACUUACAGCGGCUUUGCAUUUUCCUUUGAAGAAGAAUACGAGAACGUUCCUUUGAAGAUCAAGUUGAACACCUGGGUAGCAGGCUCCUGUGGUCUCUUGACCCUUAAGACCCCCAACUGUGUUCUUUUCAAUAAAGACAAAGUGUUCGACUCUUUUGGUUACGAAGCGGAGAAUAAAUAUUCAGAACUCACAUUGAACGAGCAACAUGAGGAGUGGUAUUAUUUUAAGAGGUUCAAGAUGUCUAUCUUUAACAAAGAGGAACCACUUUCAAAAGCAGUAAAAAUAAAAUCUAUAGACGGAAAGGAGAUGGUGGCUUUUGAUGUGUUUUCUGCGGCCAUUGAAUUCCUUAGGAAGCACCUACUUUAUUCUCUAGAACAACAAGGUGCAGUGUUCAGAGAAACAGAUAUAUGCUGGGUCUUAACAGUCCCUGCUAUCGGGAAUGAUUCUGCAAGACAGUUUAUGAGAGAGGCGGCAGUUAAGGCUGGGAUAUCCGGGAACCAGUGUCUGAUAGCACCGGAGCCUAUGGUGGGCUUAUUAUAUUGUAAAAAGCUCCCCAUGCAGUCGGAAGGCGGUGUCCAGGGAUUCGGAGUCUUCUCCAAAGGAAGCAAAUAUCUAGUUCUGGAUUGUGGGGGAGGAACAAUAGAUAUCACCGUUUAUGAAGUGCAACAUAAUCUUAACCUAAAGGAGCUUUACAAAGCUAGUGGAGGGUCAGGGGGAGGGACUCAUUUAGAUGAGGCCUUCAGACAAAUGUUGAUCAAAAUAGUUGGAGCCCCCAUCCUCAAUGACUUUGCCCGCUCAUAUACAGAUGAUUAUAUGGACUUGUUUAGAGAAUUCGAAACCAAGAAGCGUAACUUUACUGGUAACAAAAAAGACAAGGUCAACAUAAGAAUUCCAAUAUCUCUGGUAGAGACUUUUGAAGAGGACACAGGGGAGGAUAUAAAAGAGGCUACAGAGAAUACCACAUAUUCAGGAAAAAUAACAUGGAUUCGGGGCAAAAUUAGAAUAACAGCAGAAGUGAUGAAGAGCUUCUUUGAAGAGGCAGGGGAUCAAAUUGUGGAUCAUGUUAAAGACGUAUUAAAGAAACCGGAGAUCUCAGGAACCAACAACAUUAUGAUGGUCGGAGGAUUUUCUGAAUCACCUAUUCUACAGGACAUGAUCAAGCAAUCUUUUCCAGAUAUGAGAGUUAUCAUUCCCCCCGAACCAGGGGUUGCAGUUCUGAAAGGGGCAGUGCUGUUUGGACACAACCCUGUCACAAUUUCCUCUCGUAUUGCCAAAUAAAGCUAAUAUAAUCCACCUCAAUCCAAGUAUUGGAACAACUGAAAAAAAGGGAUUCUCAGAAAUAUCACCGAAGACAUUUAUCAUUAAAUUAAACGAGUAUGACAGAAAUAAGUUUUCGCAUUUUUAGCCGGCUA